AUGGUCUCAGUACCUUGCAGGACUUCCUUAAAGCCAUGGAGUAAUAGAUCGUAUGGACAGGACCAAAGGAGUUCCCGACUUCCAAUAUUCAAAUUCGAACAAGAACUAUCGGUACCAGUCCGAGCGUGGGACGAUAAAGUAUGCUCCGGAAUUCCAGCAGCCGCUACUGAAGACACGGAGAUACCAUCCGGGAAAGAUAGGACGCGGAGAUGGCUAACUAGACUACGGGGGGCCGUGGGAGUCUUCUUAAGGAGUCCUUAUAAGGCCGAGUGUCCUGCGGCCGUAUUGUCCUCAGCUCCUUAA